AUGGCGCCGGCAGAGCUCUCUCCGCCGGGGACGGCGACGUACGCGUCGGACCGCCUGAACGUCGGGGACGGCACGUGGGACUAUGAGAAGAACACGUUCCUGCUCCCGCCGCUGGUGCCGCUGAACUUUGACAUGAUGCAGUACAAUGGGAUGGGAAACCGCUUCUCCACAAUGCCGCAGUACCACACGCUCGUCAUGGGCCACGGGAUCCUGGCCACCAUGGCCUUCUUGUUCCUCAUCCCGGCCGCCGUCAUGACUGCCCGAUUCUACACUGCGCCUUCGGGCUACGCCAUCCGCUACCACGCCUAUCUCAACGUGGUGGCCGUUGGGCUUGCCACUGUUUCCUUCAUCCUCGGCUGGUUCGCCGUCGGGCCCAACCGCAGCCUGACCAAUCCCCACCAUGGCAUCGGCGUGGCCAUUUAUACCUUGCUGAUGCUGCAGGCCAUUGGCGGCCGCUUCAUCCGGAACAUCCGGAAGGCUCGAUCGUUUCGUAUCACCAUUCAUCAGUGGAAUGGUCGCGCCGUCGCUCUUCUGGGAAUUGUGCAGGUUCCGCUCGGGCUCACCCUCUACGGCUCGCCCAAGUACACCUUCAUCCUCUACGCCGUCUGGGUGGGGCUACUCGUGUUGCUCUACUUCAUCCUCAACUACCGCCACGCCGGCCAGCGGGAGGAGUACUACAGUGGUGCCCGGUCAGAGGCUGGCCGGAGCCGUGUAACCCGCACCGACAUUACCGAAACGGAUUAUACCGAGAAUACGGAGCGGACGGAUCGUACGGGACGUGGGGAUUCCGGUGGCGGUGGUCUCAAGUGGCUCGGUCCUCUGGCGGCCGGUGCUGGCGCAAUGGCCUUUUGGAAACGCAAGAAGCGGGAGCGGUCUAUGAGCAGGAAUCGGUCCCGGUCUAGGUCGCGCAUGCGAAGCCGCAGCGGAGGCCCUUCAGAGGUCGUUGCCUCGAGGCGUGGAUCACCGCCCAGCACCUACCUGGACUAUGACGAGGAAAAGCGCUCGAGCAGGGCCAACAACAAAAACCCCAGCAAGAAGGAAGAAGAAAAGGGGGGCGGCUUCAUGAAGAAGAUGGCCGGCCUCACGGCCAUGUUUGGGGCCGGCGCACUGGGAGCCAAGUUUGCAAAGAAAAAGGAUGACACCAGAGACAGGCGCGACGAAACGGCGUACUCGGCAGUCUCGACGGAAACACCAAGCCGCUACGACGACCGGCGACGCGGCUCGAGGAGAGGAGGCGGCACCGUCGUCAGCGACUACACGGAUGCGACAACCGAUGUCACUGCCCGGCCCAGGUCUCCACUCCUGCCAGGCCCCGGCGGCAACCACCCCGCCACUGCUGCGGCGGCCAUGAGCGCGGCUGCCGGACGCCCAGGGGCGUCCAACGGAAGGCCCGUCACGCCACCCCAGUCACACCGAAGGAACUACUCACGCCCCGAAGCCGACAGCCUGGUAUACUCGGACUACUCCUCGUUCCGCGACGACAGCCCCUCGAGGCGGAGCGCACCACCGCGGCGCAAGAGCGGCGGCGUGACCACGGCGGAUGCAGCAGGCGGCGGCAUUAUGGCAGGACUGGGCCUCGGCUGGCUUGCUGGCAAGUUCAAGGGCAAAGGAAAGGAGGAAGAGCGGCCAAAGUACGACGACGAGGAGAGCCGGGUGGGCGACCGGUCCCGGCGGUACACCAACGACGACUCCCCAAGCAGACGCAACUCGCGGCGGGCCCCGGCCAGGCCGGCACCCUCGGCGCUCUCCGAGGUGACCAGCAUGACGGAAUCGUCGGUCGAGCCGAGGCCAACGACGGGGUACGGGGCGGCGCCAGGAGGCUCGCGCAAUGGUCAGCCGACCAUGACGCCUGCAACAGGCGGGCCAAGGAGAUCCAUGUCGCGCUCGAGACGCGAAGGCCCGUACGCCUCGGGGCACGAGUCUGCCGAUGACGCGUACCAAUCAGCGAGCGGAGGCCCGGGCAGGAGGAACUCGCGGCGACGUCGGGAGAGCGAGGCGGCCGCGGCCGAUGCCGUGGCAAGCGCGAGCCGGUUGGCAUCCCACGAGGCGCGGCGCUAUGGCGGCGGAUCGCAGGCCUCGACCAGCAUCAAAGUCAAGGUGGACCCCGACCGUCACAACGUGACGCUCCGGCGCAUCCCGCCCGGGGAGGCGGCGCAGGCAGCCUCGUCGCGCAGCAGGCGGCAGCGGACCGACUCCAUCAGCAGCAAUUCGGUCAGCGAGCUGUCGCCCAACAGCCGGCAAACCUACCGGCGCGACUCGAGCAUGCGCAGGGCCGAGGAGGCCGCCGAGCGGGCCGUCGAUGUCAACAACCCCAGCGCGCCGCUUCCUACGCCCAACCCGCGCUUCGCGGGUGGUAGGUCCCGACCGGCGCCCGGCCCCAGCGGCCAGGACGGCGGCUACUACGGGAACAACCCCCCGCCACCGCCCGGGCCGCCCCCGCCAGCCUACGGCGCAGGACAGCCCCCCGUUCAGGCACCGGGAGGACCGCCACCUCCCCCGCCGCCCGGCGGCAUGCCGCCUGGGCCGCCCAGGACCCCGGUCGGCCUCCUGUCGGUGGGGGGCCAGACCGUCACCAGUCUCCAUAGUCACGGGACCUGGAGCGGCAUGAGUCCGUCGUCGAUCGGACCGCCCGAAAGCCAAGCCGAGCCCGUGGCGCCGUCGGAGUCGGCGGCGGCCGACAGGAGGAGGCGGAGGAGAGAGGAGAGGAGCGGUGCGAGGCCGUCGGACACCAGCACGGUCGACUUCAACUGA